AUGUCCAUGCCCGCUCCUACCUUCUACAUCAAUGAUGUGGAGAACCAUGUUGGUCCAGAUGUGGGUGUGGAUGUGAUAGAUGUGACCAAGCAGACUGACAGUAAGAUGAAGCUCAAGGACUUUGUAGAUUACUACUACAGCACCAACAGGAAGAAAGUGUUAAACAUUAUUAACCUGGAGUUCUCUGACAAACGAAUGGACAGUAUAGUGGAGAGCCCUCAGAUUGUGCGGAGGUUGUCGUGGGUGGAGAACUACUGGCCAGACGAUGCUCUCCUGGGGAAACCUAAAGUCACUAAGUACUGUCUGAUCGGUGUUAAAGACAGCUACACUGACUUCCACAUCGAGUGUGGAGGGGCGUCCGUAUGGUACCACGUACUCAAGGGAGAGAAGAUCUUCUUCCUGAUCAAGCCCACGUCAGCCAACCUAUCGUUGUACGAGCGCUGGAGGUCCUCAGCCAAUCACACUGAGAUGUUCUUCGCUGACCAGGUGGACAAGUGUUACAAGUGUACUCUGAAGCAGGGACAGACCCUAUUCAUACCAUCAGGUUGGAUCAACGCAGUUCUGACUCCAGUGGACACUCUGGCCUUUUCUGACACUUUGUCCAAUAACUCCAAGGAGUGUGUUUUCCUCCACAGAGCAUAUGAGGUGGAGAAGCGUCUGAAGGUCAACUGUCUGACUCCGUUCCCCAACUUUGAGACGGCCUGUUGGUACGUGGGACGCCACCUGCUGGAGAGGUUCAAAGGCUCCCUGAUCUCUGAGAUCACACCACUCUGCUCCCUGAUCUCUGAGAUCACACCACUCUGCUCCCUGAUCUCUGAGAUCACACCACUCUGUAGUCUCCUGAUCUCUAUGAUCACACCACUCUGUAGUCUCCUGAUCUCUGAGAUCACACCACUCU